CUCGCGAGCACCCCAGCCGAUCGUCGCUGUGGACAAGCCAGCCACACCGACCCCCUUCCAUUCUCCUGAUCAACAUCGUCCGGUGGCAGAAGCAGCAGUAGCAGCGACAUGUGGAAGACCCCUCGACAACCGGCGCUUAUCCUGCGACUUCCCUCUCAGUCUUGGCUGCUGCGGACAGACAGCAAGCCUAUCGCCUCUGCCCAUGUCUCGCUCAGGCACUUUUCCGCUCUCCCUCUGGAUCCGGAAGCCAAGGCGCAAAAGGGCCGUCUGGAACAAGUCAUCAAGACCUUUGCCGCGCCCAUCCGCUACGCCAUCGCCUAUGGCAGCGGGGUGUUCAAGCAGCAUGGCUAUUCGGAUGCCAAGCUGGGGUCAAAGGAUGCGCCAAUGGUUGACUUUAUCUUCGGCGUCACGCACCCCGAGCAUUGGCAUUCACUCAACAUGCGCGAGAACCCAUCGCACUAUUCGGCCGUCCGAUACCUGGGCAGCCGCUUUGUCUCAGUGAUCCAAGAGAACUUUGGUGGACACAUCUACUACAACCCGUACUGCACCGUCGAUGGGCUGACGAUCAAGUACGGCGUGGUUUCCAUCGACCGCCUCAACGACGAUCUCAAGAACUGGAGGACAAUGUAUCUCGCAGGACGCAUGCAAAAGCCGGUUAUGACACUCCGUGAAGACGCUCGAGUGCAGCUGGCAAACCAAACGAACCUGGAAAACGCCGUGCGGGUCGCGCUGCUGCUGCUUCCGUCCGAGUUCACCGAGGAGGAGUUGUUUAUUGCGAUUGCGGGGCUGUCAUACCGAGGCGACUUCCGCAUGCAAGUUGGCGAAAAUCCUCAUAAGAUCAGAAACAUUGUCACGAGUCAGCUGCCCUUGUUCCGAGCAAUGUACCAGCCUAUCAUCGAGAAUAUGCCCAAUGUGAACUAUGUGCAGUACGACAACGAGAGGCUGCAGCAGGAUGAAGAUGUCAAGGUCCGCGGCCAGAUGCUGCAGAAGCUCCCAAAGAGUCUUCAGGAACGCAUCCAGACGAGCCAUCGGUGGUAUAUCUCGCGCACUCGAACCCAGGCGCAGACACCGAUAGGCGAACCGCUAUUCUCGCAAUCCGUCGUCUCCUCUCCACACUUUGAGGAGUACGUCGGCAAAGGUCUGGCCAGGGUUGUUGGACGUCCGGCUCUGGUACAGUCGAUCAAAGGCCUUGUCACAGCCGGCCCGGCUCGUUCAGCAGCGUACGUCUCUGCCAAGUUGAAGAAGCGAGUGGGUUCAAAGUAGAUAACCGUAUCGAGUCCCGAGAGCACAGACGGCGCUGAGCCCGAGGGUGAACCCAGUGCCCACCUCAUUAUGAUCGAUCGCCGAACAGGACCGAGCCGAGUCCUGCCUCACGCACCACGGACUGAAAUAGAGUCUUUAUCGUGGAAACCUCAUGCCCACGCCCUGUCUCCG